GAGAGAGAGACAGAGAGAGAGAGAGAGAGAGAGAGAGAGAGAGAGAUGGAGUUGUUUAGUUGCCUUCGACUGAGUAGGCUUCGGAACGGAGACGCAGAGCCGGAGACUCAUGACUCUGCUGGAGAGAGAAACCUCGAUACAGAGGUAUCGUCUAGUGAGAGAAAGAGAGGGACUGAGGUUGAAGAACCUAGUGAGAGAAACGUAAUUGCUGAAAAUCCUACAGAAACUGCCACGGCAAGCCUUUCAUCGGCUGAAGAGGGAAAGCUGAGAUCCACUGAGAGCCCUCCGGCCGAUGAUUGUUGUCCAAUCUGCUUCUGCAGCUUCGUCUUUCCAUGCCGAGCACCCUGCGGCCACUGGUACUGCGGGGGUUGCAUUUUGCAGUACUGGAACCAUAUUGCAGCACUUAAGCCUUGCAAGUGCCCCAUGUGCUCUCAGCAGAUUACUACUUUGACACCCGAAGCAUCAUUAUUCCAUCAGCCGGAAGUGGAGGUUACUGAGAUUCUGAGCAAUGUUCAGAGAUAUAAUCGCCUUUUUGUUGGAGGCAUUUAUGGCCACAUUGUGAAAGUGCUUGAGUUGCCAUUGGUCACUAAGAGAAUAGUUUGUGAAAUGAUGGAUCCUGAUAGACCUGGUGCUCACCUCAAAAACUUGCGCCUGCUUGCAAUAUUUUUGGGUUUCCUUUACGCAAUCAGCCCCUUUGACUUCAUUCCAACAGGGUAUCUGACUAUCAUAGAUGUUUUUGAUUACUCUGCUAUGGUUCUCUCUUUCAUCUUAUAUUUGGCCGGCCUCUAUCUCCGACGAAGACGUUUCCAACAAGUGAGGGAGUUGGCUGCCAUCCAAAGGUGACUUUUUUGAACUGCUAGCUUCUGCACGAUUGCACCACGUCUCCCCCUUCAAUUCUGAGAUGGAUCUUGGAACUUGGUGAUUAUAUGGAUUGGUGCUGUUACCUUGCAGCUUGUCUGUAUCUUUCUAUAGAUAUCUACUUUAGCCUAGGGAAUUUGAAUAGUAAGUUGGGUGUCAUUUGGUCAAAAACUUGGAUCAGUAUGUACUGGUACAAGUCAAUGUAUAUGGGAGCACCUUCUCUUUUUGUUUUCUUUUUCUGUUCAUUUGGGAAAAGAAGUACUUUUUGUACGAGUUUAUUGCAUAUUGUGUAGGUGGGGUGGAAAGUUUGAUUAAUAACGAGUAAAUAUUCACAAUGUCGUCAUUGUGACGUGUCACUAUUCAAUAAGAAAGAACCAAAA